UGGAACACACGUCUUGAAUGAGGGCUUUUAAGGCUGUUUAUUUCGGGAUCGGCUGCAUCUUCGUACUAGCAUUAUAUUGGGAGAUUGCAGUCCCUCCCACCCUCUUGGCGCUCACACUUUUUCGUUUUAUCCAUGCACCCAAUUUUGGAGCCAGCCCUCCAGGAUCUCCUGACCAAUCAAGAGACCACACAUUGUUGCCUAAGAGACCCCGGAUGCCAGCGAAAAGAUUUAUAGGCGGUGAUUGGACUACUGGAAGGGGUGGGGGCUAGACAGAGUCAAAGAAACAGCAACUAUGGCAACACCAGCGCCAGAGGCUUGAAGAGAAAGACGAACCAAAAGAGGUAUAGUUUUUCUUAUGGAAGAAUAUCCAGUUAUUUCAUGAUGGCAUUUGCACCUCCAAAAAACAUAGGUGGUCCCAAAAUGCAGGCAAAGAUGAGUACCUGGACACCCCUAAACCAUCAGCUUUUGAAUAACCGGGUAUUUGAAGAAAGAAGAGCUCUGCUUGGAAAAUGGUUUGACAAAUGGACAGACUCUCAAAGGAGAAGAAUCCUGACAGGGCUGUUAGAACGCUGCUCCCUGUCACAGCAAAAGUUCUGCUGUCGAAAGCUUCAGGAAAAAAUUCCAGCAGAAGCUCUGGAUUUUACUACCAAGCUUCCAAGGGUGUUAUCUUUAUAUAUCUUUUCUUUCCUGGAUCCCCGAAGCCUUUGUCGUUGUGCACAGGUGAGCUGGCAUUGGAAGAACUUAACGGAACUGGAUCAGCUCUGGAUGCUCAAAUGUUUACGGUUUAACUGGUACAUCAAUUUCUCUCCAACUCCCUUUGAGCAGGGUAUAUGGAAGAAACACUAUAUUCAAAUGGUGAAAGAACUCCAUGUUACCAAGCCCAAGACACCUCCAAAAGAUGGGUUUGUGAUCGCUGAUGUUCAACCAGUUACAAGCAGUUCUCCAGAGGAAAAGCCAUCCCCUUCAUCAGCUUUCCGGUCCUCUUCCUCUUUGAGAAAGAAGAACCACCCAGGGGAGAAAGAACUCCCACCCUGGCGAUCCUCUGACAAACAUCCAACUGAUAUCAUUCGCUUCAAUUACCUGGACAACUGUGACCCCAUUGAGCAAAGCUGGCAAGGAAGAAGGAAAAGACACGAAAUGACCCCAGAUUUCAACCGACAGUCACGUGAUAAGAAAAAUAAAUCACAGGACAGAUCUAAACUAGGAAAAGCACAGUCACUGGAUACACAGGAAAAAAAGAUCAUCUUGGUUGCCCUUGAGGAAGAGAACUGGAGGACUCGGAGAUGUCGAGGAGAAAUCCUUUCUCGCUAUAUCCCUAAGUGCAGAACCCAGCACCCCCCUACACGUUCCAGCUCAUCUCGCUUGGCUUCCACAUCGACCAGUGGGGCUCCCAGCCACUGAAGCAGCAACAAAAACUCUCAUCAGCAUCUCCAGAGACACUCUGGGCUCCAAUCAUUACCCCAGGCCUUCCAGCCAAAGUUGAUUUAAAAAUGUGAAAGGAUUUUUCUAGAAAUGACAGGCUGCUCUACAUGGAGAGUUGCAUGUUACUUGGCUCCUUUAUUAGAAACAGUUUAGGUACCUUAUUGUGAAAGUGAGUCCUACACUAUUUCGGUAAAAGGUAUUCAUGGCACAGAUGUUGACGUCUUUACAAACUGAGAUAGAAAUGUGAUGAUAGAUACCAUGGGGUUGAUAAAGGGACAUACGAUAGCACCAUUGGUGAGACUGGGUGUGUGAGGCUGGGUCCCAGAAGGAUACGGCCAGCACACUCCCAAGUCUACUUGAGCAGUUUAAUGAUGGGAGUGUUUUUUUCUAGGGCUGCCGUGACAAACUACGGCUAUCUGAGUCCACUCAGGCUGCUGUAACAAAAAUACCAUUGACGAGUGGCUUAUAAACAACAGACGUUUAUUUUCUUACAGUUCUGGAGGCUGGGAAGUCCAAGAUCAAGGUGUGGGCAGGGUUGGUUUCUUCUGAAGCCUCUCUCCUUGGCUUGCAGAUGGCCAUCUUCUCCCUGUGUCCUCACACGGUCGUCCCUCUGUGUGUGUCUGUGUCCUAAUAUCCUCUCCUUAUAAGGACACAAGUCCGAUUGAAUUAGGGCCCACCCAUAUGACUUUGUUUUACCUUAAUUACCUCUUUGAAGAUACAGUCACAUUCUGAGGUCUCGGGGGUUAGGACUUCAACAUAGGAAUUGGUGUGGGGAGGUUACAGUUGAGCCCUUAACCCACACUGUGGGUGGGGUUAAGAGAAUCAAGACGAGAUGGUGAAGCCCCUGGAAACUAGCAACAGCAGAAGCCUUUAUCAUCCUUUGGCCUGAAGAAGCAAAAGAGAAAGGGCAUGCUAUUCCUAGAACCCAGUGAGAGCUGUAGCCACGGGAGAGGGACUGCCCAGCCUAUGGUAUGUGGUGGAGGAACGCAGCCAUGAUGGAGACCAGGGCCUAGCAGGGAGGGAGGGAGAAGACCCACCCCUCUCUCUCGCCACUCUUCACACUCCAACAGCACUUCCCUUUGGUCAAACCCACCUGGAAGUCAGAGAACAGAGAAGCCUGGGAGAUGCAGCUCAUAGGUGUCAGCCUUUGAGCCAGGGAACAGGCUGACAGGUGUGGCCAGGAGUGGGCGGGGAGGGGUAGAAUUUGAAUGGGAUGAUGAAGAAUCACCAGCACGGUGGUGGAAACAUAGACAUUUCCAAAGGAGGAAUUAUGAUGCAUACUCAGGCAACGUAAAUGGGCUUUAAAGAGUUACUGGAAAACAGAAAAUGCUACUUAACUGCAAAAAUAUAAGUCAUACAUUCUAAACUAAACCACCUGCUCAUGUAACCAUUUCCAGGUCCCCAAAGUGACCAUUCUAGGAUACUUAUUUGCGUAAGUAAAGCAGAAUGGUAGAAAAACAAAUAUGUUUGUCAAUCUUGUCAUGUUGAACACUUACGUUCUUACUUUAUAUACUGUAAUGUAGGUAUUUUCGAAUGGUUCAAAAUGGUGACCUGGCAGCAUGGCCCAGGAUACAGUGGUUUGGAUGCCCAGGUGAUCGGUGGAGGACAAAACAUGACCAACUUGUAAUUGAUCGGUUGGCAUCACCCAGGAUGAAGCCAACAUGUGGCUCUGAGGCAGAGAAGAAAGAAGACACACCCAGAAGGAGACAUUGUGUUCUUCCCAUGGGCAAAGCAGAUGGCUGUCAGUUAGGGUUUCCUCUUCCUGGGGCCUGAGCCCUCAUGGUCAGCCCCCAGGAGCCAGGGGCAGCUGUGUAAGCUGGGGUGGGGGGGACCUGCAGCUCCAGGAUUCUGCCCUGCUUUGUCCCAGUGAACUCCUGUGAAUAUGUCAGGAACCAGUCAUGUUGGAGGCCUAUGUCUGAAUGGGCCAGUCUGGAGUAAGUCCCCAGCGCUUUCUGGAAUAAACCAGGAUAU